AUGGAGUGGAUUCGUGGUCUGAAGACUGCCUAUGGGGUUCAUUUUUUAGCCAUUCAAGAGACCAAGCUUCAAGAUUCGGAUAGUUUUAUGUUUAAUAAUUUCUGGGGUCGGGCUAUAUUUAAUUCUGCGGUUGUUAAUUCACAAGGGAGAUCUAGUGGAUUGGCUUGUUUAUGGUGGCCAUCAAUAUUCAGAUGUGAUAAUGUGAUUCGUAAUAGACAUUUUAUUGUAGUUUCGGGGUCUCUGGUUAAUUCUAAUUGCAGAAUGAAUUUUAUGAAUGUUUAUGCUCCAAAUGAGGCGACUAGGCGGCGUGAACUGUGGUUAGAGAUUCUGGAAAUUAAAAAUUCAUUACAAGGGCUGUGGAUCCUGAUGGGGGAUUUUAAUGAAGUGAGGAACGAUUCUAAAAGAAUGAAUUCGGAGUUCAAUGAAGCGAAUGCUGAUGCGUUUAAUCAUUUUAUUUUAGCUGCUGGCUUAGAAGAAUAUAACAUGGGAGGGGGAAGGUUCACCUAUAUAUCAGACAAUGGUAAAAAAAAAUUAAGUAAACUCGACCGGUUUUUGGUGUGUCUUGGUUUGAAGGAGAAUUGGCCGAGUGCAACGGUACUGGCUCUGGAUAGAGAUAUGUCUGAUCAUCGGCCAAUAAUCCUGUCGACAGUUCAGUCGGAUUAUGGUCAUAUUCCAUUCAGAUUUUUUAAUUCCUGGUUCAAGUAUCCCGGAUUUCUUAAUUUUGUGUUGGAGCGAUGUAAAGAGUUCACUUUCUCAGGGCCUGCUGAUUCGGCUAUAGCUAUUAAAUUAAGGUGGAUUAAGAACAAUAUUAAAGAAUGGUUGAAAACGGAAAAAAUUAAGAGGGAACAUGAGUAUGGAGUUAAAAAGAAUCGACUGGCGAAUAUAGAAAGACUUGCAGAAGAGAUAAUAUUGCUAGUGGAGGAGUUAGAAGAAAGAGUGAUAUGCAGAAAUUAUGUAGCGGAAUAUGAUAGAAUUAAGCAUAUAGAUAUUCGACAGAAAUCUAGGAUGAGGUGGGCUUUGGAUGGGGAUGAAAAUUCUACCUUUUUUCAUAAUAUUAUAAAUUCGAAUAUCAGUUCUAAUCGUCUCAAUGGGCUUAUGAUAGAUGGUAUGUGGGUUACGAAUCCUCUUUUAGUUAAGGAAGCUUUGUUCAACUUUUUUCACAAGCAGUUCACGGAACCAAUGGUUAAUAGACCAAAGGUGGUUUGCCUAAACCUGGUUGCAAUUUCUGAUUCUGAGGCAGACUCAUUAAUAGCGCCGUUCUCAUUAAAUGAAGUCAAGGAUGCCGUAUGGGGAUGUGAAGGAGAUCGAGCUCCGGGACCGGAUGGGUUCAAUUUCCAGUUUAUAAAGAGAUGUUGGUCGGAUUUGCAGGAAGACUUCAUGAAGUUGUUCAAUCAAUUCCAUGCGGAUGGCUCGAUAAACAAACGUGUACAUCAUCAUUUAUAG